GCCGACACCAGAAAACUCGGCGUCGCGCUUCGACAGUGUGCAGAACAAAUCAGAAGAGGACGUAAACAAUACAAAAAGACACAUUUAAUCGAACAAUCUAUAUACACGAGUUUCUGCUUUUUUUGCUUAGAGGCUAUAGAGGCAAUCGAAAACACGCCAAUCCAACGCACAACAGAUUUGAAACGGGUUGACGGACUUUUAUUUUGGGAGAGCAAGUUGUACAGCAUUUCCGGGCAGCUCUAAACUUUACGAAGCUGCAAGUUUCAGAAGGGCUGACAAAGCCGGCCGAGCAAGCGAGGCUUAAAAGACAGAUAACAUAAAACGCAGCUGCUGUUUUUAAACCAUAUCAGCUCAGCGAUGUUAAUAAAGAAGCGCCAGUUUGAAUAUUAAACACAGUUAGUUAGGUUAGCUUAGCUGGCUAAGCGGGUAACUGAAGCCCUAGCAACGUUAGCUAGGCAGCUAUCAGCAGUUCGACAGCUCUGUGGAUUUCUAACGGAUAUAUUUGAGCUUAACCGGCAGUUUUCUGACUUUAAAUCGUCUCGUUUUGAUUUUCAGACUGGAAUAUGUUAUCUGCUCCUAAUUUCUGGCGGUUAGACCUCGACAGAGUGAAGUUGUAGGAGGGGAAGAGGAGACACGUCACUCAAGGAAAGUCGGAGAGAGAGGGGGGGGGCAGCUAAAGCUGGACCGCCGCGAUUGAGCUGCACAGAUCAGCUAUUUCUCAAAGUUUUGAGCCGAAAACCUCUCCGAGAAAAUGGGCUCGUUGUUUCGGGGUGAGGAGAUGUGCCUGGCGCAGCUCUUCCUCCAGUCCGGCUCAGCAUACGACUGCAUCAGUGAACUGGGAGAACUGGGACUGGUGGAGUUCAGAGACCUCAACCCGAGUGUAAACGCCUUCCAGCGCAAGUUUGUUAACGAGAUUAAGAGGUGCGAGGAGAUGGAGAGGAUCCUGGGAUAUCUUCUGAGGGAGAUCAAGAAAGCUGACAUAGGUCUGCCUGAGGGCGAGGUGAACCCGGUGGCGCCGUUACCCAAACAUGUGAUGGAUAUAAUGGAGCAGCUUCAGAGGCUGGAGCUGGAGCUGAGUGAGGUCACCAGGAACAAAGAGAAACUCCAGAAGAACCUUCUGGAACUGACCGAGUACACACACAUGCUGCGCAUCACACGCAACUUUGUGCACCGCAAUGCAGAGAGGGAGUCAGCGCGGCCGCAGUAUGAAGAGUUUCCUUUCCUGGAAAAAGACGUCAUGAUGGACUACAGCAGCAUGCAGAGACUCGGGGCCAAACUUGGGUAAGAGGCGUUUAUACUAGGGCUGAUCCAGAGAGCGAAGAUCGAGGCGUUUGAGCGGAUGCUGUGGAGGGUUUGUAAAGGCUACACAAUCCUCAGCUAUGCAGAGAUCGAUGAAUGCCUGCAAGAUCCCUACACUGGAGAGCCUACUAGAAGUGUGGUCUUCCUCAUUUCGUACUGGGGCGAUCAGAUAGGACAGAAAGUUAAGAAGAUCUGCGACUGCUACCACUGCCAUCUGUACCCGUAUCCCAACAGUAAUGAGGAAAGGGCUGAUGUGGUGGAUGGGCUGCGCACGCGCAUUCAGGACCUACACACUGUUCUCCACCGGACGGAGGACUACUUGAGGCAGGUGCUGAACAAAGCCUCAGAGUCGGUGUACACUUGGGGAAUCCAGGUGAAGAAGAUGAAGGCUAUUUAUCACAUCCUCAACCUGUGCAGCUUCGAUGUCACCAACAAGUGCCUCAUCGCGGAGGUGUGGUGCCCUGUAAAUGACCUGCCUGCCCUGCGGAGGGCGCUAGAAGAAGGCUCGAGAAAAAGUGGUGCCACCGUUCCAUCGUUUGUCAACCGUAUCCCUACCAACGACACUCCACCCACUCUCAUACGGACCAAUAAGUUCACCUCAGGCUUUCAGAACAUAGUGGACGCCUACGGAGUCGGCAGCUACAGGGAGGUCAACCCAGCGCCUUACACUAUCAUCACUUUUCCCUUCUUGUUCGCCGUAAUGUUUGGUGACCUCGGCCACGGGAUCAUCAUGGCCCUGUUCGCCCUCUGGAUGGUUCUGUAUGAGAAUGACCGCAAACUGAAGAAAACCAGGAAUGAGAUCUGGAACACGUUUUUUGAAGGACGUUACAUCAUCUUAAUGAUGGGCAUAUUCUCAGUGUACACUGGAUUCAUAUAUAACGACUGCUUCUCCAAGUCUCUAAACCUGUUUGGCUCUGGGUGGAACGUCAAGGCAAUGAUCGAUCAUGGGCCGUGGACGAAUGGCACACUACAGUCAAACAGCCUUCUCACACUCGACCCUAAUGUCACAGGAGUCUUCACUGGACCGUACCCUCUGGGCAUCGACCCAAUUUGGAACCUGGCGUCAAACAGACUCUCAUUCCUGAACUCCUACAAGAUGAAGAUGUCUGUGAUCUUGGGGAUCAUUCACAUGAGCUUUGGGGUCGUUCUGGGGGUCUUCAACCACCUACACUUCAGGAGGAAGUACAGCCUCUACCUGGUGUUUCUGCCGGAGCUGCUCUUCCUGCUCUGUCUCUUUGGCUACCUGGUUUUUAUGAUCAUCUAUAAGUGGCUGGCCUUCACAGCCCGGGACUCGCAGCAGGCCCCCAGCAUCCUCAUCCAAUUCAUCAACAUGUUCCUCAUGCAGGGAGACUCGGGCCAACCCCUUUACCCAGGCCAGGCUGGACUGCAAGUGUUUUUGGUCCUUGUUGCUGUGCUAAGUGUUCCUGUCUUGUUGCUGGGGAAGCCACUCUACCUUUACUGGCUUCACAAGGGCAGGAAUCACAUGGGCAUGUAUAGGGGAUACGAACGAGUACGACGCAGCAGUGAAGAGGAGGUUUCUCUCAUGCGCGCGCAUGAUUUGGAGGAGGGCAACAGCCUGGACAGCCAUUCCAGCAGCUCAGAUGGCCAAUCAGAAGAGUUGGAUUUUGCGGAUGUGUUCCUGCAUCAGUCCAUCCACACUAUCGAGUACUGCCUGGGCUGCAUCUCUAACACUGCGUCCUACCUGAGACUGUGGGCACUGAGUCUGGCGCACGCACAGUUGUCGGAGGUGCUGUGGGCGAUGGUGAUGCGUGUGGGGCUGCGUGUGGACACCAGGGUCGGUGUGCUGUUCCUGGUGCCCGUCUUUGGCCUCUUCGCUGUCCUCACUGUCUCCAUCCUGCUGGUGAUGGAGGGUCUGUCAGCAUUCCUGCACGCGCUGCGCCUCCACUGGGUGGAGUUUCAGAACAAGUUUUACAGCGGCGCUGGCACCAAGUUCUCACCAUUUGCCUUCUCUCUUUUGCACACAAGCUUUGAGAAUGAUGGACUACUGUGACUUCACACACUCCAGCCCAGAGAGCAAAAGCACUGCAGAAGUGCUGGAAGGAUUGUAACCAGAUUGAGCCUCAAAACUGUACAACUUUCUCAUUUUAAUGUGUUUAUAUAUGAAGUGUUUGCACUGUGACUGCCUUACACGUCCAACCAAAUACAGUUUUCAUGUUUAAGUCCGGUUACCACGGGACACCAAAUCUUGAGGGCCCGACUGUCAUAUCGGGUGGCUGAUAGUAUCAGCUAGUAUUGAGGACCUGGUUUUAUUGGUAAAAAAUUGCUGAAAAUCUCUCUAAUGUGCUGUUAACUAGCCACCUCUUUAGUUGCUGCAUCAUCAGGAUUCGAACUCCAAAUCUCCCGACAGUGUGGCAAAACUUGUUUAAAUGACAGUAAUACAGGCGGUAAAAAUAGAAUGUAUUGACAAUGAACUUUUAGGAUUAGAAUACUAUGUUAUAUCGCAGGUUUUUUCAUCAAGAGAACUGAGGAAAAACAAGAAUAAUAAGCGAUAUUUAACAGAAACCAAAACUGCAGAAAUGAUGGACAGCUUCACUUGCAGUUCUACAGUAUUUAUAUUAUUUAGGACUCUUAAAGUGUGACCAAUUGAGAACUGAUAAUCAUAUCUGUUAGUAAAGCACUGUUAAAAUAAAAAAAUUAAUAUACAGUUAAAUUAGCUGAUAUUAUCAGUUAUCUGAGAUUUUAGCGCCUUAAAAUCGGUAUUGGACUCUGGCAUAAAAGGUUCACAUUGGUUGAGCCCUACAAUACAUUAUUAUUAAGACAGUGAUGGGAACUGUAAGCAGCACUUGAACUGAUAUAUUAGUUGUAUAAUAUUGUUGCAGCUGGUCAGUGACGCUAUGGGAAUUUGCAAAAUUUUGUGCACCCCUGGUCAAAUUUUCUUUUUUUUUCUUCUUUUUUUUAAGUGAAAAUAAAUGAACACAUCCUCUACAGACCUCUA